AUGUCGACAUCUCCACUUCGAAUUGAUCACUUCCUGAUCAUCUUCUUCACCUUUGUAGUUAUGGAGUUGUGUAUUUGUGGUGGAAGUGAGGUUUGCAGGAAGGAGGAGAAGCAAGCGUUGUUGUGCUUCAAGAAUGAGUCAAAAGUUCCAACGAAUUGGGUUGAUACAACAGAUUGCUGUAGUGAAUGGGAUGGUGUUGUGUGCGAUAACGUAACUGGUCAUGUGGUUGAACUCCGUCCAGUCGCAAAUAAUCUCGGGGCCAUUGAUGUUUCUGAAGGAGGUUCGUUUCCUAAUGGUCCUUGGAACUUGACAUAUCUUAGCAGUCUUGACCUCAGUUUAAAUGAGAUGAAUGGUUCAUUACCUAACCAAUUGUUUGGUCUUAGUUACAUGAAAUCUUUGAAACUUUGUUGUAACCAAUUUCAUGGUCCUUUGCCCAAUGAUCGUUGGAACUUGACUUCUCUUGAAGUGUUGGAUGUUUCUUCAAACUACUUGAAUUCUCACAUACCAGAUUCGAUUUAUCAUUGCCCCAACCUCAAGGUGCUUCGUUUGAGAGGAAACAAUCUGCAGGGUAUCAUUUCAAAAUCCAUUUCCAACUUGACUUAUUUGUCUACUCUUGUUCUCUCGAACAAUAUGCUUACUGGAGAGAUACCAAAGGAAAUUGGGAAACUCAAGAACUUAAAUGUGUUUCUUUUUUCAAGUAACAAGUUCUAUGGACCCCUUCCUGAGAGUAUAGGAUAUUUGUCUUCAUUGACAAUUUUAAGUUUUUUAAACAACAAGUUGGAAGGCAUAGUGACUGAAAAUCACUUUGUUAAUCUCACCAUGUUAACUGAGAUUUAUGCAUCUGGAAAUAGAUUAACCCUGAGAGUUAGGUCAAAUUGGAUGUCUCCAUUCCAACUGUAUGCACUUGCUUUAAGUGGUUGGAACUUGGGUCCCCAAUUUCCAAUUUGGCUACAAUCUCAACAUCAAAUUGUUCAAUUGGAGAUAUCUAAUGCUGAAAUAGAGGGUGAGAUUCCAAAAUGGUUUUGGAACUUUUCUUCAGUCCUCGAAGCCAUUGAUCUUUCAUUUAAUCAGUUGCGGGGUGAAAUUCAAAACAUCUCAAUUCGUUUACCUGAAGGAAGUGUAGGUGUACUUCUGUACUUAGACUCUAACCAAUUUAGUGGAUCGUUACCUAGUAUUCCUAUCCACAUAAUUGAGUUAGACCUAUCGAACAAUUCCUUCUCAGGGAAUAUCUCUUCCUUUUUAUGUGACGCACAAAACGUGCCAUAUAAUCUUACAAUACUUCAUUUGGGAGAAAAUGAUUUAUCUGGAGAAAUUCCUGAUUGUUGGAUGCAUUGGCCACACUUGGAAGUCAUCAAUGUAGGGGAAAACCAACUGAUUGGAGGUAUUCCAAGUUCCAUUGGGCUUUUGAAUAAGUUGGAAUCUUUAGAUGCACACAAGAACAUGCUUUCUGGCCAUUUACCACCAUCAUUGCAAAAUUGUACCCAUCUAUUGAAAGUUGAUUUGGGUGAAAAUGGAUUCACAGGGACGAUCCCAAGAUGGUUGGGGACUAGUUUUUCAAAGUUGAAGGUCUUACGACUUCGUUUAAAUAAAUUGUUUGGUGAAUUGCCCCCAACAUUUUGUCAUCUUACAUCUCUUCAGAUUCUCGACCUUGCCAAUAACUAUUUUUCUGGUGUUAUACCUAGGUGUCUUGAUAAUCUCACUGCAAUGAUCACUAUUGAUGAGAAUAAGAAUGAGAUGCCUUCCUCUCGUUAUGGGUAUUUUGAAGAAAAUGCUUUAGUAACAACAAAAGGACAUGAGUACAUUUAA